AGUGCCUUUUAUAAUUCUUACCUCUAUUGUAUUUUGAUCCUUUUGAACUUGUUGUUUUGUUUGUUGUUUAUCGAAAGUACUUCGGACAUUUCAGCGAAAAAGAGAAUAAAACUAGGAAAUGCGCCGCUAGUACUUAAAUACCGAAUAAAACGCAGUUUUUUUAAAUCGUAUAUAAAAAGUUAUUAAGGCGCAGUUUCACUCCUUGAAAAGUCACAUGUAAACUCGUAUAUUUUUUAUAGCUCUGGACAAAAAUCAUAAUCAGAUACUGUAUUUCUAGACAUUAAAAAUAAGAAGAAUGUCGUAUUUUCUUCCUCAUUUGACUAAUGGUUGGCAAGUAGAUCAAGCUAUUCUAUCUGAGGAAGAUCGUGUAGUUGUUAUUAGAUUUGGACACGAUUGGGAUCCUACUUGUAUGAAAAUGGAUGAGACUUUAUACGGCAUUGCAGAAAAAGUAAAAAACUUCGCUGUUAUUUACUUGGUUGAUAUUACAGAAGUCCCCGAUUUCAAUAAGAUGUAUGAACUUUAUGAUCCUUGCACUGUUAUGUUCUUUUUUCGCAAUAAACACAUCAUGAUUGAUUUGGGAACUGGUAAUAAUAAUAAAAUCAAUUGGGCUUUGGAAGAUAAGCAAGAACUUAUAGAUAUAAUAGAGACCGUAUACCGUGGUGCAAGAAAAGGAAGAGGGUUGGUUGUUUCACCUAAAGAUUAUUCAACGAAAUAUAAAUAUUAAUUAAAUUGAUAAAUAUAUAUUGAGUAUAUAAGUAUAUAAUUAAAUGGAUAUGUUAUUCUAGUACUGAGUAUUUAAUACAAAUAAUGGACUUUGGAAUUUUCAAUUAAUUAAUUAGAUAAUCCAAUAUAUAUUAAAGAAAAAAAUAUUGGUAUAAUGAUUGUAAUUUUGCCAGGAUCAUUCAGCAUUAUAAUUAUAUAAAAACAUAAGGAAUUGCUGUAUUUAGCAUCUUAAAGACUAAACCUUUCAAUUUUAAAUUAAAUUAUUUAAUCUACAUAUAAAUACAUUUUGAUGAUUAUUAACUAAAUUUUUUAUUGCUUAUAAUUGUGAAUUAAAUAAUUAUUAAUUAAAAUUGUAAUAAAAUCUUUCAUUUAUCAAAACCUAUCUAAUACUAAU